AUGAGUAACAUCACUUUGCAGCCUGUAGGGCUCUUCGACGCUUCCAAGCGUUACUGGGCCCAGAGAAUUGACACCACAGCUAUGCUACGCUUUAAAGAGGUCACUUACAACCUCCCACCGGAUUUCACCUCCUACAUCACCUUCGGCGGCGGGAGUCAGUACUUUCCUCGCGGAACGAGAACGUACUACCCGCCUGCUGCUGCCACGACUCUUUUUGCCAAUUACAAAACUAAAGAUGUAUUCCCAACCUACGCAAGACUACGAGAGCUCUUCCACAAUUACGCGACUGAGGCACACGAUCACUAUGAACAAGUCCUUAAUAUCCUAGGCACCCUCCGCGCCUCAAUACUCGCAACCAACACGCACAGCACCGCUGACCUCGAAAACUUGCGCACCAUUGUAGACAAGAAGAUCAGUAAUCCAAAUACUAUUAAUAUUACUGGGUUUGCGGAGAAGUAUGCGCUGGUGAAAUUGAUGUAUGCGCCUGUAGCAUCUGUGAUAACUGAGAAUUCUCAAGCAGUGGUCAAUGAGAUUGGUCCUGCAAUCACUGAAAUGCAAGAGGAACUCAGCCGAUGGGAUAACAUCACCCUAGACCUAACAUCGAUUCUAUCACUCAUUACCAAAGAAGAGGCAGCCACUGUUCAAAUUCUCGCGAAACUGGACAAUGCUCAGAUUCUUCAGAAGUGGCAGGAGCUGGGUGAUAUUGUUCGUCUAUAG